AUGUCCCUGGUAGUGAAGGAGAAGAACCACGUGCGGUUGGUCUUCUUGGGCGCUGCCGGCGUGGGCAAGACAGCCCUCAUCCGCCGCUUCCUGAUGGACACGUUUGAGCCCAAGCACCGGCGCACGGUGGAGGAGCUGCACAGCAAGGAGUACGAGGUGAGCGGGGCCAGGAUCAAGGUGGAAAUCCUGGACACCAGUGGCAGCUACUCCUUCCCGGCCAUGAGGAAGCUCUCGAUCCAGAACAGCGAUGCCUUUGCCCUGGUCUACGCCGUAGAUGAUGCCGAGUCCUUUGAGAGCGUCAAGAGCUUGCGGGAGGAGAUCCUGGAAGUGAAGGAAGACAAGUUCCCUCCCAUCGUGGUUGUUGGCAACAAGGCAGAGAGCGGCGGCGAACGGCAGGUGCUGGCAGAGGAUGCCCUGUCGCUGGUGGAGCUGGACUGGAACAGUCGCUUUGUGGAGACGUCGGCCAAGGACAACGAGAACGUCCUGGAGGUCUUCAGGGAGCUGCUGCAGCAAGCCAACCUGCCCAGCCGGCUCAGGCCGGCACUCUGCAAGAGAAGGGAGACGUUGCCCAAGGAGCAGGCGUUGAGGCCUCCCAUGAACAAGACCAACAGCUGCUCAGUGUGCUGA